UGCUUCUAAUGAUGGGCUUUGAAAAAUUGUUCUUGUGGCAGAAAAUUGAGAAGCAUGAUUCAGGUAAUCAUUCUCAGAGAAUAGGCAAUUCCAGCUAUAGACGAAAUUUUGAUCUAGGCAAGAAUAUGUAAAUUUUGAUCUAGGCAAGAAUAUGUAAAUUUUGAUCUAGGCAAGAAUAUGUAAAUUUUGAUCUAUGCAAGAAUAUGUAAAUUUUGAUCUAGGCAAGAAUAUGUAAAUUUUGAUCUAUGCAAGAAUAUGUAAAUUUUGAUCUAUGCAAGAAUAUGUAAAUUUUGAUCUAUGCAAGAAUAUGUAAAUUUUGAUCUAGGCAAGAAUAUGUAAAUUUUGAUCUAGGCAAGAAUAUGUAAAUUUUGAUCUAGGCAAGAAUAUGUAAAUUUUGAUCUAGGCAAGAAUAUGUAAAUUUUGAUCUAGGCAAGAAUAUGUAAAUUUUGAUCUAGGCAAGAAUAUGUAAAUUUUGAUCUAGGCAAGAAUAUGUAAAUUUUGAUCUAGGCAAGAAUAUGUAAAUUUUGAUCUAGGCAAGAAUGUUGUAAAAUGAGGACAAUAUAGCCCUGUGAAGUUCGCAAAUUUAUUUUUGUAUAGAUUUGUAUUACGCGCGUGAAAAAUAACCAUUUUUGAGCCGAAAGUGGUUAUUUUUCCCGCGCGUAAUACAAAUCUAUACAAAAUUUGCGAACUUUACAGGGCUAUAUUUUCCCCAUUUUGCAACACUUCGCAACCAAACUUUGCAAUUUUACUAAUUUUGACAUGCUUUAGUCUAUAGCUGCAAUUGCCUAUUAUUUAUUAAAUAUAUUUUAAUUGUAAUUCUAAUACAUACUGGUUCCAUUCCAGCUUCAUUUCUUGUAAAUCCAGAUUUAAUUUGGCAACAUUUGCAUUUACUGUAACGAGAGCAGGUAAAUAUAUUGUUCAUUCCAUAGAUGAUUCUCACAACAUUGUCGGAACGUGGAGUCAAGUACAUCAUGGUGAAUAUCCUUUACCUGAUCAAUCCAAUAAAGAAGCAACUGUAGAUGGAGUGUUUUAUUCAGACGAGGUAAGAGGUGUACAUGCUAGGAACAUCUUGUUCUGGUUGGACUGCAAUGCAUUAGAGAACGCAGUCCUGGAGCCGGUUGUAUAAAACUCUUAACUACUUUUCAACUACCUGAUUUGUUGUUAAAUUUAUCGACACUGCAGAGAACAACGAAUUUUUCGUUGUAUCGAACGGGAUUCGGACUCGCAUCUUUGGGUAUCUAGACUGCCGUUCUAUACCCUUUCGUGUCAACGGGCAUUGCUAGCGAGUCUUAUCCAAUUAAAGACUCGCUACCAAUAAGACUCGCUGCCAAUCCCCGUUAAUUCGACAGUGUCAGAAUGAUAUGAAACUAUUUUUUCAUAUCUCUGAGGAUGAUGAAACGUUUACCCUGAAGUCGUUUCGGGUUUAAUGUCACGUUUACUUAGUAGUACAAUAAUGAUGUUGUCAACUGUUUCUAACAUAUUUUAAUUCAAUCGCAGGUUGUUGGUAGAUGUGGUGCAUUUUCGUAUGUGUUCAACAAAGGAACAGAACUUGCUAUUACCACUUUGAUUGUUCAAUCAUGUGAUGAGAGGAAUGUUUCUAAUCUGGCACAUAAUAUUCCAAACCAAGAUGAAGAAACGACUUCCCGUGAAGGUAUUAACUCUCAUUAAUGUGUAAGUGAAGAUGAAGUUCAGCGGUUACCUUCAUCUUUGUUUAUAUUACCUUCUAGCUUAAUUACAAUACAAAAUUAUUUCUAAAUUAAUCCUUUAAAUUAAACUUUUAAUUUAAAGCCAAGUUUUAAUAAGCAAGCCUAGUUACUAUAAGUUCUGUAAAUAUUGAAUACGGUAUCAGCUAAAGCCCCGCUCAAAUGAGAAUGAGAGUAUUAUUAACAAAAUAAAGGUUUGAUUAGUGUUCCAACUAUGUCUUACAGUCGAUUUCACGAAACUUUGACCACAAAUGUUCCGAACUUCGUUGCGAUUGAUUGGCUUCUUUUACUUCAGGGACCAAUCAGGGACUUGGUUUACAACUUGGCUUGUGAAUUCCAAUAUGAACUUCCGAACUUCGCAACGAAGUUCGGAACAUUUGUGGUCAAAGUUUCGUGAAAUCAACUUAAACGUACUUAAAUAGAAUACGUAGUAGUGUUGGAAAGCAUUAAGAACAGCUAACCAAGAUCGCGUCAUUGCCAACUCUCAUGCACCCCCAUCCUCGUUUGAUCCGGGCCGCACCAAUAACACUACAUUAUUAUACACUCAUUCUUCUAUGCUACGAUUACCCGCUUCCUUCGUGAGGGAAGGAAUUGGUGGCUGUUCGAGAUGCAUCAGUAUGAAUAAUCAAGCACCAUCACCAGCAUAGGGAUUACUGUAAUCCUUGUUCAACCAAUGGCUCCUCCCCCAUUUAUCUAUUCAGCAAAGAACAUGCUACAUGUGACACAUGCUACAUAUGACACAUAACAGAUGGCAGGUACUAUAGUGGCUUUAUACAGAUAAUAAAAUACGAACAAACACAUUAAAACUAUAUAAACUAAUGACAACACGAUAUUUUACAGGACAGGUUACGAGACUUGUCACAAGACAAACAUAUAGAUUUCCAUGUUCUUGGAUCAUAAAUUAAGCUAAUUACCGAAAUAAUCAUCAGGGUAACCUCGCCAAUCUUCGAUAUUAUUACCGCAGAUGCUUCCUCUCGCCCUGAAAAAGGGUCUUCUUUUCGUAUCAAAACAUGCAUGUUGUUCAAAGCUCAUCCAAUAGUGGGGUGUAUUUUAAGGGUGAAACCUUCAAAACAAACUGUAAAUUAUGUCAAAAAUCCAUUAAUCAUGAAACUUUAGGCUAAUUUUUGGGUGGUCUGAAUUUCUCUGGGGAUAUGCACCCUCUCAUAAUCUCCACCUACUGUAUGUAGUCAUUGACUCAUUCAAAUCUCCUAGGUUAAGCACCGUACCUAGAGUAUUUACCAAAACCGUGGAUGCUUUCUUUCGACGAAAAAGUGUUUUGUUUUCGUGUCAAACAAAACGUCAAACUAUUAUUAGCUAAUUGUCAGGUGCAGCCAGGGGAAUUAGCAGAAUGCCAAUACUCGAUAAUACUGGCUUAAUAUACCAGAGUGAGUAUACCUAAAACUCCAGACUACGUAUGCCUGCCUGCAGAGUAUUUAAUCUUCGGUAAAUGUAGGAUACUUUAAAGAUACCCGUAUUUCAACAUAUUUUAACAACAAAAUAUACUGUAUACCAAAAGUAAAAUGGUCUAAAUACCAAAACGCACACCUGAAACCCCUGACUGGGGCUGAAUUGUAUCUUAUCAAAAUCUACAUUUUACUGUGUAGUUGUUGAGAAUGUGAAAUGUUCUAUCAAGUGGAAAUCGAUCACUCGUCCGCUGUACGGUAUUACAUCUGCCACAAGAUUGGUGAAGGGAAGAUUUGUGUAUGUAUGUCGUUAUUCACCAGAUGGUCAGAUGCUUGCGAUUGUGCUCAAUCAAAAACUUGCCAAGAAUACGAGGUUGUUGUUUUGUUCAACACUACAUUCAACAUCGUGUAUUGUCGACAUGAAAUGUUGUGGUGGCUCCGACCUGUCGUCUGGAAGGUGUGUAACCUGGCCUCCUGUAGACCCGCAAGGUAGAAAUGAGAAGUCUUCAUAAGUUUUAACCGAAAGGCACGGCGGUGCCCUGUGGAGAUACAGCCUGGGUGGCAGACUGUCGCCCGCGGUGGAACGUCUUUGCCUCGCCCGCCUUUUAGGUGUUCCACCGCGGGCUGACCAUUUUCCAUGCAGGCUACCUCCAAAGGGCACCGGCUAGACUUGCUACAAGCCGACACGUAUUAUUUAGCUGUGUGGCUGAGCUCAUAUUUCGCAGGUUAAAGUGCGGAUUUUAGUGCGUUUUAUUCUCCUUACAAUGCAAGUCGAGUUGUAGCAAGCCUAGAUACCACCAUGCAUUUGAAUUAAAAAUAGUGAAGGCAUCUCUCUACAUUGUGGGUGUACUGUAGGGACACAAGGAAGGGGAAGAAUUUGCUUAAUUUGUGCAUUCACAAUGAUCUAACACCCAUGAGAGCCUGAUAGUGUUUCAGCAGAUUUUCACAAUCUUGAUGGGUUUUGAGAUGUCAGAAACUGACAGUUUCACUUUGUAGUGCUCAAUAAUGAGGCGGAUAUAUUUUGGCAACGAAUUCGUAUCAUCAAAAAUUAUAUACGGAGUAUCCGCCACUGGUACUGUUCAAUGAUAUAAAUUAUUAAUCGUCCCAAUUCCCUUUAAAAUAAGAAAAACAUUUGUACCCCGCCACCCCCCAGUUUUUAAGGAAUUCACUCAAAUUUCACAUGCAUACAACCUAUUUUCAUAUAUUGUGUCAUUACAUUUACUGUAUUUGGAAUUUUUUGUUUGCAUCAGAACAUGGUGGGUUAGUGACCUUGUCUGGACAACAGACAGUUUGUUACUGAUUGGUAUUACUCGUAAUGGUGCGUUGUUUAUCACAACAAAAGUUGGCGAACCUAUCAAGCUCAUCACAACAGGUUAUGGUAUGGAUCUAGGACCCAGUCUCUUUCUCUCGCUUCAUCCACGUAUUAGUGUAAAGUAAGUACACUAUAUAGCUAGUAUGUAUAUCUGAAGUAUUUAAUGAUGUGGGACUGCUUCUAUAAAAUGUUUAAUUACUUUUUAACUAUCUGUUUUGUUGUUAAAUAAGAGUUAAUUUUAAACUUCGCGAUUCUGAUUGAUAAACGUUUGCAUGCACGAAAUGUGGUAACUUUAACCACUUUCUAUAAAACGUAUCCCAGAUCUGUGUCGGUUUGUGAUUGGUUGGUCAUAACAAUAGAAGACAAUGAACUGUGACGGGAACCACUGAUAUGUUAAUAAAAUAUAAAACAACGGUAACUCUGAAAAAUUAUAAACAUUUAAUAUCCAAUGAAUAUUAAAAUGUUUAUUUUCGAAGAUACCGUUGUUUUAUAUUUCAUUAAACUGUAGAAGUCACAUUUCGAAAGAAGGAAUCAUAAACAAUGAUCAGUUUUGUUUCAGAAAGCCAGUCACAAAACAUGUUCAUAUUUGGUACGUCCUGACCGCCAGAUCUUCAACAUGAUUGCGUACACCACAUGACCAUUUUCAUGCACGUAUCCGGGACUGUUCAGUUACGAUUGUCCUUGGCGCUGAAAUGUCUUGAUUCAAUAAGAAGACUGUUUUUAAUUUUAGGUCUUUCCAGGAAAACAUUCCACCUGAUAAUUCCGAGAUAUCGUCUGGUUCGGAGAGAGAUAUUUUCCAUCAGAAGUUUUCUGUUGCUGUUCAUUCCAGCCAACCCCUCGUGCUCUGUUCUGAUGGUUAUAUGGUGACUAUAUUUCACUUUAAUUCAAAGCCUGAUUAUAGCAAACUGAUUACAGACCUGACCAAGGAUGUUUCAUGUUUUCUGCCAAGUGAUGCUACUUCACAGGAAUUAGAACAGACAUCUGGAAAUUUGACUGGUCACGGCGUGUCCGCAGUUACUCCAUUUAUGGCGAAAUUUGGAAAUGAUGUGGGUGAAUACAGUUCACCUGGAAGCACCUUGUCAGAAACAGCGACAGGUAUGCUAAAUAUUUAUAAUGUUUGUAAACUAAAGGCCAAGAGGGAAAACAUUGUUUCUAACCAUGUACGUUGGUGUAUAAACCAGGAAACGUUUGGCAGAAGUACUUUACUUGUAAUGAGUAAACAUCGAGAUUUUAUAUAAUUUUAUAUAUAUAUACUUUAUUUAACGACGCUAGCCCCGACAACUAUGAAAGUUGAUUUCCACGGGGGGCGUCCAUAUAAAAGAUAGUUACAGAGAAUAUAAAAAGGAAGGAAACUAAGUCUACUACUAUAUGUACAUUAUCAAAAGCUAUAAUCCACGAUGGUGUGUCCCAGAAUAAAUAUAUGAUUAACUGAAUCCAGACUCGGUUAUUAACAUCAUAAAUUUUGUUUUAUACAACUUUUAAAUAAAUAAGUUGAUUGAGCUUGCUUAGCUUCAAGCGGAAGGUUAUUCCAAAGAUAAGCACCGCUAUAUUUAAAGCUUCUUUUGAGAAAUUCUCUGUUUGGCUUUGGAAGGGUCAUCUUGCUUGAUAUAAUUAACAAUUGAUGGGUUUUGAAGAUCUCGAGCGGAAGAUUGUAAUUUUUCGAAAUUUCUAUCUACACAAACCCUUCAUCUGUUAAAUAAAUUCUAUCAAGCGAGAUAUCUCAAAAUCUCGAUAUUCACCCAUACCUUAUAAUGGCAUCACCCAGUAUAUAUUCAUGAACUUGUGGUUAGAGCUCGACAACAGGACUCUGUAGCUCAGUUGGUUAGACCGCUGCACCGGAAUCGCAGGACCGCAGGUUGGAUUCCUGCCAGUGGGCCUAUAUAUAGUUAUAUUUUUAAGGUCUAUAUAUAGUUCUAUUUUUAAGGUCUAUAUAUAGUAUAUAUAGUCGCAACUGCUCCUGGUUAGAUCUAAAAUUAUAAUGUUUCGCUGGAAGCUGAAAUGAACAUGUCAUGUGAUUAAUGUCCUUAAGGUUACAGGACACCCUUUUUGGCGUUACUUCAUGCGCGCUCAAUAUCAGUCCGAUGUUAAUCAAAUUUUCACCAAAUGUUCGCCAGUGCAUGCAAAAUAUGGUAAAGUUGUAAAAUUAACAAACAAUAAAAUAAUGUAAGAAUUAUUCAGGAAAAUCUUAAAUCGCGAUACCUUUACGCUUUUGAGUUGUGCUCCUGCUGGUUUUAAGUUAAAUUUAUGAAAAUAUCAUUUUUAUACAGUAAAAUAGUUGUUCUAAAAAAUUAUGUUCGGAAAUUUUUGUUUAUUUCGUCAUUCCACUGAUAUGGCGAUUUCUUUGACGACUGCAAUAUAUUUCUGAAUUGUUUGAGUGAAUUGUUCUUUAUUAUUAAAAUAACCAAAAUUAAAAAAAAGCCGAACACUAUUUUGAAACUGACGUCUUUAGCUAUGUCCUGUGAAAAUUUCAGAAAAAUUGGUUAAAACCCGCAGGAGCACAACUCGUUUGAAAAUCAGUAAUUACCGUAAAAUUUUUCGGGAGAAAUUGAAUUUGAAUAUUAGCCUACAUUUUCAAUGUUUUUCUUAUUGCAGCGAAAUGUAUUUUAUUAAAUAACUCUGCGAGUUUUCAACAUUUUUCGUUCAAACUUGGUCAGAUAGUAGAUCUAGUUCAAUGCUUUCAUGGAAACUAAUAAAAAAAUUUUAGGCAAAAUUAACACUCAAAGGUAUUCUGUAACGUUAAACAACCGUGAUCAGUGCUUGCGAGUUUUACUGUAGUUUUCUUGUUGUAAUCCACCAUCACAGAACCAGUUCCUAUGGCUUCUGCAUGUGUAGCCGACAUUGAGUAUUAUUUAAUUUCUUAUUUUUUAUUACUUCAGGCUUCGGGAUUGCAAGAGAUAUUGAGGCAGGUGUCAUCUCAUUUGGCGAGAUAGACGGCAACAAGAACAGUUCUCUCAAAAUUCAAGAAAUGGAUGACCAACAGAGAUUGUUGAAAGCGGAAUGUAUUCUGCUACAAGCGUUGGGAAUUGGCACAUCGUGUGGCCGACAUUGGUCACAAAACAUGACUGUCACCAUGAAUUUGCUCAUCCAUACAUGGGCUAAAUUGUUCACCAUUUUACUUGACAACGAAAGCAACUGCGGUCUGUCGAACAAUGAUGCUUUGUUUCAUAACAUCAUAACAUUUGUUCAGUCAUGUUUCGAAGCGUUUCGUUGGGAUACAGUCUACCAACAUUGUUUACCAUGGUUUACCCAGUUCGCUCAUUCUACUGUCAAGUGCUUAGUUAGCGCGAAGAAGUUUGGUUUCCGAGAAAUUAUUGAUGUAUGUAUGAAGCUACUGCGCAUGGCGGAAAUAUUUCUACAUGAAAUAUAUACUUGGUCUGCUGUAAGUAAUUGUUCUACAGUUCAUUUCUUAGGCGACAGUGUUUCGCCGUCAUGUCACACCCAUCUUGUAAAUAGAGCUUUGAAUUCUGAAGAUGAAUCGAAUGACCCAGCAAGAUACAUUAACCUGGACUGCAAGCUAGAUCAGUCGUGGCUGACUUUGUACCAUUACGUGUGUAAAAUGUACAAAUCAAACCUUAAGACUGGGCGUAGAGAGAAACAUACCCCUGAUGAAGAACUAGUCCAGAUACUUUGCUUGAUUCAAAGAAAACUACAAACAAUGAACACAUCAAGGAACCUUGUUGCUGGGAACGAAAUGGAGAGUCUUUUUGAUCAAGGUUGGUUUAAAAUAACAAAUGGCUUGAAAAAUAGAAACCAGGGGCCGGUUGUAUAAAAAGGUAUUUAAAGUCAACUACAGUUGGUGCGAAAGUUAACCAAACAAAAUCGCGUAUUGUAGACUUAACUACUAAUUAAUCUACAAGAUAGUGAUUGAGAAGUAGUUAAGAGUUUUAUACAACCGUGCCCUGAAAAAUAUAAUUUUCAUUGCAUGUGCAUCAACUUUGUAUGUAAACGAAAUGCCAUAGGAAGAAUAAAAGUUUUAACACAAUUGAAAUUGCCUUUCAAACUGAAACAGAAUAUCCGAGAAAAUAGUAAACAAAACUAUGUAAUCAUGAGAAUUUGUAACAGAACAAUAAUCAUUAUGACAUUUUUAACCAUGACAGUUAUUACUUUCCCAAUGACGUCAUAUUUUUACCAAAUGAAUCGAACAAAUUUUAAUAUCUCAAAAACUUAAAAAUAAUUUCAUUCGCUUUUCCCAAUGACGUCAUAUUUUUACCAAAUGAAUCGGACAAAUUUUAAUAUCUCAAAAACUUAAAAAUAACUUCAUUCGCUGUUAAGCGUUCGUUUUAACUGGAUAAAAUUGCUGACGCAUUCUUUAAGGAAUUACACCAGAGACUUUAAUUGCUUUGCUUGAAACCUCCAAAGUAAUCUUUGAACCUCAAAAAUAUUUUUUGUUUAUAAACGGUAUGUUUACAGGUUACAAGAUGUACUUGGAUGGAAACUACUCACAAGCGACUGAUCUUUUAGAAAGAUCUUUUCAUGAAAACAGCAAAGAAACUAAAGACCUCGUCACACCGUUGGAAUUAAAUCUAUCUGGUGCAUCAGGGAGGGCACUCGUGUCGAGAUUCGGUGCUUCUCUCAUAGAAGACGAUCUUUCGUCAAAGUUAUCAACGGAUAUCGAUACUCUGCUAUCAAUACUGUAUAUCAACUUAGAGAACUAUGAUCUCAAAGCUGCUUUGGCAUUGGUGUAUUCCUUCAUUGAUACAACACGCGAUGUUAGUUUACAGAAUCUUCUCGAGACAACGCAUGAACGAAAUCAAACUCUCAUUCCUGCUGAUGAUUCAGAAGUUAAAAUCACCUCAUCCUCUUCGUUGAAAGUGUUACAGUUAUCUGUGUUGGUGAAAUAUCCUCUGGCUUGGGUUGUAGAUAAUCGUGCAAUAUCAAUUGUUCAGCAGUUGGCAAGAUUCAUGGCAUGUUACUUCACUAACCUACCUCUCAUCAUACCAACUCCAUUUCACUCACAAACGUCACUACGUUUUGUACAAGAAUUCAACAAAGGUACAGAAAAUUGAAUGUCUAUACUGUAUUCGCUAUAUUUAGCCUAACAAGCUUAUUUUUACAAGUAGUUCAUCAGAAACGCGGGGAGGGAGGAACAGCUACUGAGGGAUAAAUACUUUCACGUUCUUACCCAGAGAGUUUUCAUGAUCCUAUUUAUCGAAAUACUUAGGGGCAGUUACUCUGGUAGACUACAGAACAAGGGUUGUUUACCAUUUACAUGGAAAACCCAUCCGGUUUGUAAUUGUGCUAAUGGUAAGCAAAAUUUCCUAUUUAAUUUCCAAAAUUUCCUAGAUAGAAAAUCCCAUUCGGAUUAUGCGCUUUCCAUGUAGAGUGAAUGACCGAAAGGCACUGAAGGGUUGAUUACCAUUUACAUGGAAAACCCAUCCGGUUUGAAUUAAAUCGCGAAGAGCCUGGAACUGGUGAAAAAAAAUAAAAAAGAUGUAAAUGGAACAAAAUUCACUGGUUGAAACAGUCAGUAAGAGAGGACAACCUUUUCAAACAAACCGUUCAUUCCGGAAAAGUUCCGGUUGGGCCGUCGAAAUAUGCUUGUUCCAUUUGCUUUCCGUAUGGAACACCAAAUAUUCCGUUUUCCACUUCAACCGUAUCGUACUGUAACGUGGCGUAUUUCUUUGUUUCAUGAGCACUAGAGUGGAAUUAAUGACUUCGAUACAAAAGAAAACACUACCAUAUGUUACGAUACGAUACGGUCGAUGUGGAAAACGGCAAAGUACAAGAGUACAUCACUUUCUGUAAUAAACUCCGAUCGUAAUGGAAAGCGGCCUUAAAGUUUAAAAUUCCCACGCCCCUUGUAAAUAAAUGAACACAGUUCCUUAUGAAUGUUAUACUGCUUUUUCCAUAUUAGACAACAUUCCCAAGGCACAUGCGAGUGCUGUGAAAAAUCUCUCUCAACGACGACUCACAGAAGUCAUUGGACAACAGAAACUGGAAAGUGUUUGGACCGCUGACCACACAAUGGAACUAUUGCUCAUAUCUGGUCUCCUCGGAGAAGCCGCGUGGUUUGCAAAAUGUUUAGGGGACUGGAAGAUAGCAUUUCUGUUGUCGGUGACUGAAAAGUUUCGACAGAAGAACCAAUCAUAUGUUGAAAAGAAGUCACAUGAUCGUGCAACGAUGCCAAUUGAGGUUCCUGAAGCAGAACAGUUGAUGAAGGAAAGGAUAAACAUCGUUUUGAAACUUGAUGAAAUCAUGACGGUAGGAUGACAUAGAUACUUCCAUUGACGUGAAAGCAUGAAACAUCGACUAUUUCGCACGUUUGAAGAGCUAACACUUGAAUAAAUUUCUUUCACGUUUCGACCAAUUAAAUGCGUCUGUUCACGUUCUUGUCUAAAAAUUCAAAAGCAUUUCAAGCAAAGUAAUUUACUCAAAAGUUAACUUUACAAACGUAAAGCACAAUGCGAAAUAGUUCAUGCUUGCACAGUCAUGGUAAGCGCUCAUUUCCGUUACUGACCAGUCAAACAUGAUUUCUGACCAGUAAACUCUCACCAGUCAUCCCAAUGACAACCGAACGUAACAAUGUCACGCACCGAAGCAGAAAGGGCUCAAAUCAUAUAUAAUAUGCGAUGAUGCUGGUACUGAUGCGUUGUCAUUUGAUCUUCAAAGAAGUAAUACACCGAUACACCGUCAACAUUCUAACACCAAGAUAACCCUUAAUUCACAUAAUAUUUAACAAGCCCACCACAUCUCCAAAAUCUACCUCGUUCCCAGAACCAAAAUGCAAUCGGUCAGUAUGACCGGCAUCAUACAAAUUUGAUUCGUCAUUAAAUAUUUGACCGCCGUUAUUUUAGCUCUGCUGGAAGAUAAACUUUUGCAUUCAGUUCAUGUGCCAAAAAGGCAGCACUUUCCUUGCGAUAGUAACUCCUAGUUAUACUGAGAUCUGCACUCCAUAGGUCUCCCGAAAAGGUCUUUUAUUUUUAAAAGAAUCCAUACAAUUUGCUUGCGGUUUACGAUUUGUUUUCUUGCCUAUUGCACCAUAGCAGACCAUAGCACGUAUGUCGUCAUUUUCAGGUUAGUGUGAACGCCUGAGCAGGCGUCUUGUUCAAUGUAAAAUGGCAUACUUUUUAGGUUAGGUCCCCCCCUUAAAUACACUGUGGAAUCCAUGUGGAUCACAACAUUUCAAUUUUUUUUCAAUCACAUACAAACGUUUAGACAAAAAAACAAACUCUCACCUUGUCAUAGUACAUUUUCAUUGCGGUAAUUACCUUUCCGUUAAUUACGUCACGGCUAACAUUUUCAACUUAGGACCACCUUGAAUGGAAUAGAUUUCAAGUUUGUUUCUCAUGGGCUAUGGCCUGAGAAGCAGAACAUGCUUAUUCAACACAUGCAUAAAGAAGAAUUUUGGAUUUUGAUCAAUAUUAAAUAAAAUGUGGAAAUAAGGUAAAACACGAAAACGAGGCUGAGGGGCCAAGAGGGGCCAUGGCCCCUCAGCCUCGUUUUAGUGUUUAAGCUUAUUUCCACAUUUAAUAGUCAAAAUCCAAAAUUCUUUUUUAUGCAUGUGUUGACGAAGAAUAUUCUGCUUCUCUGACCAUAGCCCAUGAGAAACAAACUUGAAAUCUAUUCCAUUCAAGGUGGUCCUAAGUUGAAAAUGUUAGCCGUGACGUAAUUACCGGAAAGGUCUAUUGUACACAUAAAAUGUAGAAUAGAACCGCCAUUUUGGUUUUAUUUUAGGCUGCCUGUUUGCACUUCGCAGGAAUGUAUCUAAGGCGGACGCGACCGGAGUGUUUAACCCACAAACAACACGAUAACAAUGUAUCUAUGUUUCGCAUAGAUACAAAAAUGAAGCCAAGAUGGCUGAAGUUGACGUAACAUUUGCCUAAACGGCAAAUGUUGAUGUCGUAGUAAGCGAAUCCGGUAUCGUGUAACAUCCUCGUUCCCAGGCUCUUUCUUCUACGUUCCUUCUCGCUGGAAAAAAAUAGACUACACGUACGAGAAAAAAAGACUAAAAUUUACCAAAGAAAGACUAAAAAUUAACCAAGGCUGUCAAGAAAAAGAACACAUUAAGAUUUGUUUAUAUUUUUUUAUAUCAUUUGCCAUAUUACAUAUUUCUUAUUAAAAAUUAAUUGGCUAGAUGAUUUCUAUACCUUCAGUAACCCUACAAGUUUAGCACUGAUGUGCCAUAAUUUUUCAGCUGCCACGUCAUCCUUAGCUGUUUUUGCGGGCUCUUUUUCUUUACAAUCAACGAAAAACUUCCCAGUGGUCCCUUCGACUUCUUCAGACACAGCUAAAUGUAUGCUCGUUUGUGCUCCUUCUUCUUCCGAUUUUAAUGCAACUAAGGAUAAAACUCGUAAUGAAAUAUUUGCUACAAUCUCUGAAAAUCCCAGGUGGCGGGAAAGUUCGCUUGUAACAAUUCCUGGAUGAAGUGAAUUCGCCGUGACGCCAGUGUCUUUCAACCGCCUCGCUAGCUCUCGAGAAAAUAACAUAUUCGCCAACUUGCUUUGACCAUAAGCUUCAAAGUUGUUGUAAUACAUUUCACUUUGCAUGUUAUCAAAUCUAAACGGCGAACGAGUUGCCAAAAAACUGUGAUGGCCAUUUGAGGCGACAACAACAACGCGUGAUGGAGCUGAUUUCCUUAAUAAAUCCAGAAGUAAAUUUGUCAAUAAAAAAUGUCCUAAAUGAUUCACCGCCAUUGUUAAUUCGAAACCAUCCUCUGACUCUUGCCGUUGAUCUGGUGCACUUAUUACCCCGGCGUUGUUUAUUAAAACAUGAAGCACUGCUUCGUUCGUGUUGAUAUCUUCAGCAAAUGCACGAAUGGAUUUCAUUGAUGCAAGAUCAAGGUGUUUUAAAAUUACAUUGGAAAUGCCAGUUUUUUUAACAAUAUCGUUCAAAGCAAUUCCAGCGCGCUUGAAGUCGCGACAUGCCAUGAUUACUUUAGCACCACGUCUCGCUAAGUCAAGUGCAGUAGCUUUACCAAUUCCUGUGUUAGCUCCGGUUAUUAUGACUGUCUUAUCAUUCAUAUUUGUCUUGCUUGUGCAAAUUCCCCCGGCAAUAAAUAAUCUCAACAAGCGAUAACUAAGUCCAACCACCACUAUGAUAACAGCUAAUCGUAGCAAACCAUGCAUACUUUCACAGCCUUUAGCUUGAAGCGUUGUGUUGUAAUAUAGGCCAAAGUUACAAAGAUAACCAGUGACGAUAUUGCUGACCUUUCGCACAUUUUAAGUCUGUACCAGGCGACACCAGAGCGGAUUAGUCAAUCCAGAUUAGUGAAAUGAAUAUGGAACGUACGCUACCUUCAGAUAUUCUGCCUUGCAGCAUGAUGACCCAUGAUCUCUUCCCAAAAGGCUAUCUUUUAAAUUAUUAAAAGACAAUCUCUCAUUCUCCACAAGCGACAACUAACUCCAACCAUUACUAUGAACAACAAAUCGUAACAAACCCAUAUUUUCACAACCUUUAUCUUAAGGCGUUGUGUUUGUAGAGAGGCAUUUUUAUACCACCCCUUUGCGUAUAAAUUAGCCUUAUCUUGUUUGAACAAAACUUUUUUUCAGCAAGGAAUUUCCAUGUUCUUGUAGGUUUGCUUGGCGGUCACUAUAUUUUAUUUGUUUUGUGGAAACACCACGUUUGUUGGGAAAACUUUCGAUCCGUAAACCUGGAUUCUUAUCAUAUUAUUUUCAAUUAGAAAGAUCUGGGCUUACGAAUCGAACGUUUGCUAAAAUGGUUUAUUCGACUAAAAAAACAUAUAAAGUCAUUGUAAUAGUGAAGUGUAACUUUGUUGAUUGUAUCUCAAUUAUCGUAACUCUGAUGUUUCCAGGAAACUGAUGUCGAAGGAACGCGUGAAAUAUUUGACGAUGAACGUAUUUGCAGUUUACAAAAUGUUUUAGAAGCUAGUGUAAUUACAGAACUUAAUCUUGUUCCUGGGAUCAUCAAACAGUUGCUGGUGAUGUUGAAGAUGAGUAUUUCUAAACUUGAUUGGAUGGUACCACAAGAUCUGUAUUUACCCGCGCCACCAUUGUAUUGUCCUCAACCAGCAAGGAAUGAUGGGGUACGUCUUAAGCUUAGCUGCAUCUCCAGGUCGAUCAUAUUACCAAAAUCAUGGAUCAUUCUUGUCGCUCGAAAAAACUUGCGAUAUUUUUGCGUCAAAACAUUCAGGAAUGCGACACCAUCCUUAAGCACCGUCGUGGUCACCACGCUUGCUUUUCAAGCUGGGAGACGCGGAUUCAAUCCUUGCUACGACCUCUACUCAAUAUCUUAAAAUAAUUGCGGAGAAAGUGCUACCUUUACAUUGACAUCAGGAAAUGAUUAGGCUUUCGCGUCUUCUCGGAUAAGCACGUUGAAAUCGUAGCCCUCGGAUCCUCUAUCAAUUGGACAAUUGCCAGCCUGUUGGGUAAUCCGCUCACCAGUGAGUGAUAAACUCAAGAAACAUCAAAAUAUGCCUGGCCACGGUGGGAACCGAACCUACGACCUUUGGAAUACUAGCCCAAUGCUCUGCCAACUGGGCUACGCAGUCAGGUCGGUUUAUGGUCGGUUCGAGUACGUGAUAUUUCGGAACUGAGUCUAGUUUCUUCGAUAUACAAUGCAAUCUAGUAAUCUUUUUUUUCUGUGUUGAUACCAAUACAGAAAAAAAUCAUGAUUACUAGAUUGUAUCGUAUAUCGAAGGAACUAGACUCAGUUCCGAAAUAUCACAUACUCGAACCGACCUGACCGCGUAGCUCAGUUGGCAGAGCAUUGGGCUAGUAUUCCAAAGGUCGUAGGUUCGGUUCCCACCGUGGCCAGGCAUAUUUUUCAAGCUUGCCCAGUGUGGAUAUAUACACUCAGAGUAACAUCACAAACGUGACAUAGCUAAUAGUUUCACAUUUUAACAAAAAUAGGCGUAGGAAUGUAGUUGCAUUCCUUGGCUAAAUGUUUUGUGACGAAAAUAAAACAAUUUUUUGGGUGAGAGAAAGCAUCCACAGUUUUGGUUAAUACUCUAGGUACCAUGGAUUGUAAAAUAACUGGAUAGUUGCAAUCUGUGACGUCACGCGCACUGCCAAAGUUCUCACCAUUUUUGUUGUUUCGCUAUAUUUUCCGCUUUAAAAAAGUAAUAUUGAAGCAUAAACUGGUCUAAUUAAUUUGUUUUAAAAAUAUGCCUAAGCCACGACAAAGUAUUCAAGGUAAAUGUUUUUCGUCUUUGUUUUGUAUAUUUUUUUACAUUGUAGCUACGAAAUUGGCGUCGCCAAUGCGAUGAAUUUUUGCGAUGAAUUUUUCACUGUUUAGUGCUUGGAAUAUUUCCUAAAAUUGACUGGAAAUACUUAGAGAUUUCAUCGUAGGAUGGCGUAGUUAUAUUUAUUUUCUCUUUGACUAAAAUGUUUAGCUGUAUUAUUGCUAAACAUGCCGUUUUUGAGAAUUUGGUUUGCAACUAGGUUUGAUGAUAUCCAGCCACGCCAUCAGCCCAUUGAAAACAUUAGGUCACGCCAGCUAGUUUCCUAUAUCCAUUUAUUUUAUUAUCCAUGUAGGUACUGUGCAUAACCCCGGAGAUUUGCAGAUGAGUCGAUGACUCAGUGUAGUGGAGAUUAAGAGGUGGUGCACAUCCCCAGAGACAUUCAGACCAAAAUUAGCGCACUGAAAGUUGAUUAAUGGAUUUUUGACAUAAUUUACCAUUUGUUUGUGAAGGUUUCACCCUUAAAAAAUAUAUCCCGCUAUUGGAUGAGUUUUGACCAACAAUUCAAAUCCUUAACUGAAACCUACAUGAACCUUUUGUUACAUUUUAGGAUGUUUUAAAUGAAGAAACACGCAAAGAAAUUUCCCUGAGAACAGAGAUCGCUAUCAUUGUUCAGAAAAUCUUGGCAAUGUAUAAAGCUUCAAGUUGUUUCCUGUAUUGUGCUCAAGAGUAUUGUAAACAUGUUAUAAGAAACUGGAGUGACAGUCAAACGCUGCCAAAUAUUAUCAAUGAAUUGAUAACAACAGAGGGGAUUCGCAUUAACACACCUGAAGAUGAAUAUUCAGGUUUGCCAGUAUUUUUAAUGUUUUUUGUAAGUGUAGGUUAAUGAAGGUAAUAAUAGAAAGCUUAGGCAAGCGACGAUUUUUACAACACGGACGCCAACCGGAAGUCAAUCAGCCGUUAUAGAUGGCGUCAGCAGUUCUUGUUUGAAAUCAAGAACCAGUGAGCUCCAUGUAUUUUAUCAUGGUGAAGUAAAAUAAAUUGAGUUCACAGUCAAGAACGGCAAUCAAUGUAGUUUCACGUUCGUGAUUUCAAAUACGAACUGCUGUCGCCAUCAUUUGGGUGGCGUCCGUGUUGUCAAAGUAGCUUGUUUAAGCUUUCUAAUAGAAUGAGGCAAUGCCCUUGCCCAAAUAAUGACAAAUGGAGCCAAUAGAAAUCACUCUUUCAUGCAGCCACUGCAGCUGUGAGGUUUCUGACUUGGAUUGUCAGGUUCCUAAUUUAACCUUAGUUUCUAUUAUCUUUUAUAUUUUGAAAUAUGAUUUUCUUUGACAUAAUUAUAUUUUCUGAGAAUUCACUCGUAUUAUAUAUUGCAGGAGUUAUUCGAAGUUUCCAAGAAUUCUGCAGCUUGAUGUGGUUACUUGAUGUAAGGAAUGAACUUGCUCUCACAUCACGAAGAUACAGUAAACUGAAACAAAAUUUACCUGCGGUAAGUUUUCUUAGUUUGUGGACUUCCUUUGAAUACUUGUGAAGAACAUUAAGCAAUACACAGUGUGUUAGGCUAAUGACUUUUCCCUAAUCGAUAAAUAUUAGUCUGUUCAGUCGCCUUUUAACCGUACGAUAAAAACAACAACAACAGUUCAAGUGGAAGCAGUGAAUCUGUUAGUUAUUGAUGUAUUUAUUCUCCUUUACGUAAGGGUUGUUUACUUUUUAUUUUAGUUUUUUGUGAAUAGCCAAUCACAUGCGAAGAUUCUGAACCUAAUCUGCACGGUCGCAUUCGAUUUGCCCAGAAGCUCUCCACCCCCCCCCCCCCCCUUGCAUUUCGCGUUUUUUCUGCCUUGCUGUUCUCUAUAAGCUUCAGCGACCAGGACAAUAGGUCACUACGCAUACACGACUAUCAGACAACGAUUAAUGGGACUGAAAUGUUGUUGAACAUUAUAGUUAAACUGACUAUAUUGUGCAAUUAUUCAUGGGACUAUAUAAUGGGAAUAUAGUUAUUAUAAUAGCAAUAUUGUUGAAUCAAAAUCGUUUUACUUUCUAUUUUUACAAGGUUCCAAAUGACGAGCAAAGACAGGAAGUUGUGAAUCAAUGUGAAGAUGUGCUUGUAUGGUUACAGCGGUUGUUGCCAUUUUCUGACUUUCUCAAUGCCACUGAAGAUGUGCUAGAUGGCAUUCUGACAAUGCUUUCUGAGUUACCUCUGAAUGGUGAAAUUGUCGAUCUUUUAGCACGGUAUUUCCACACUCCUUCGCCUUUGCUGAGUAUACCUACUACAGAUAAACUAAACAGAAUGACUCGAAAAAUACGGAACAAGGCCGAAGGAUUAGAAAAUGGUGAAUCGCUUACAGUACGAUUUCAGCAACAGUGUGAGAAACGAAGAAAAGAGAAGAAUAAAAUUUCUGCACAGCCAUUUGAGAAUCAUUUUCUAGAGGUGAUUCCUGAGUUUUGUAGAAGUCUUGAUUAUCAACAUGAUUUUGCUUUCCUGCGUUUCCUGGAUACGUUUCUCCUCAUCACGUUGGCAAAGAACAUCACGUCAGAAGAUUACAAGAAGGCACCUUUAAUCCUUCCAUAUAAAGAUAAACCAACACUUGAAGCGGAGUUGUCCUCCAUUGAGGAAACAACGACGAGAAAAGGGAAGAUUUCUAGGAAAAGUAGUUUUGGAAUUCAACGAAGUCAAAGUUUCCAAGACGUAGGGAACAUAAAGAAGAAGCCAAGAAGUAGUUUGCUUUCACCAGAUGAUCUUGACUCGGACAAACCAGUUAAUCGUAGCAAUAGUCUAACUGACCUGCGAAGAGUUCAAUCAUCCACCUUUAGCCAGGAACUACAAGCGUUUUUACCAACAUUGCUGUGGCUGAAACGGUGGUGUUUAAUAGAAGAACACCAGAAAGGAAACCAAAGUGUUAACAAGAGUUACUCUUUAUUAAAUAUGACUACUACACCAACUGCAAUCAGAGUACGGCUGCCUCUUAAACUGGUGGUUAAUACUUUAUGGCUGAUUGAAAACUACUACAAAGAUUUUGCUGAGGCGAAAGGCAAAUGUCUGCGGGAUAAACGUUCGCGCGUGAAGAAGAAGAGGAAGAAAAGAUCUGUUAAAAAAGAAAUUGGAGAAGAAAUUUUGGUUGAAGAAGAAAAACAAAAACAGGAUGGUGAGCCUCCACUUGAGGCUGAAGUGGGAGAGGAAAACAGAAAUGUAGACGCUAGAGUUGGUGAAUCUAGAGGUUUAGAAAGCAAAAAGAAAGCGGGUGGCGAACGUUCACUUGCGGCUGAAGUGGGAGAAGAAAACGGAAAAAUAAGUGAAGCUGAAGUUGGGAAAAGUGAACCACAAGGUGUAGUGGGAAAAGACAACAGUAGAGUGGAUGAAGGUGGAGAAUCUGAUGGGAAAAGUCAAUUACAAGUUUAUGAAAAGGUAAAACGGAGACGAAAACGAGGUGCUAAGGAUUCAAAACAAAAGGUUCAAACGAGAGACCAAUUAGAAACGACAAAGACAGAGCUCCCAGCGAGACAAGGUUUGGGAAUGGAAGAAAGUGGAAAUGAAAUACGAGAGAAUAUGGAAGGAAUAAAGGUGGAAAUAAAGACGAGAAGAAGAGUAGAUGAGUCAGUGAAAGUACAACUACCAGAACAGAAAAUGAGAAAACGUAAAGAGAAAAACCUGAAUGUGUCGCGUGGUUACAAAGAAGGAGAUCUUGGCUCACAAAAGAUUCAUGACAUUUCUGCAGAGCACCGGACUUUUCUCGGCGAAAGAACAAAUGAGUCGGAGGGAUCAAUUAUUAAACCACAUCAAUACUUAAACGAAAUAAAUGGCUCCCAAAUGAUUGCACCGGCAUCAAGCCAAACAGAUGAAGGAGAAGUGCGGCAUCAAAAUUUUAAUGUACGAAGUUCAGUUGAAAAUAUUUCAAGCAGCUCAAGAAUAAAAAAGAAUUUAUUUUCUUCUCCGACGUCAUCAUCAGUGGGCAGCAAAUGGAAGAGCUUCGAAUCCGUUGACGCAGAUAUACCGUUGUUCUCUUUCACACAUCUGGACGAUGGUAACAAUGUAAGUUCUUACAUUUGUAACAGUUGUCUUUAACGUCGUUAGUGAGGUAUGAUCCAGCUUGAUGUGACAGACUUGCUCUACCGUCGACCAAGAGGGUGCGAUCUUGGAGGUAGCUACGGCAGUGUUUUAGGGAACUGCCCAGGAAUAGUGUUUGGCCUGCCUUAGGAGCGAUCUUGUUUUGUAAGGUUUUUUGAAGAAUAAGGUUACGUACUAACUGGUAAAUGGGUUAACCCAUAGUUAACCAAAGCGCCCAAAAUACUGUAGCGACAGGUGAAUUUUAUAAUUGUAAUUGCCCCUCCCCCCCAGUAGUAGUAAAUCCGUCUCUUGGCCAUUAAAAUCCAUCUUGGCCAUUAAAACUAUGGAUCACUUCGUAAUGGGAGAGGAUAAUACGCAUUAAUCCCCUAAGACAGAUAACCUUGACAAUAACCUUGACGUGUUUAACUCAAUUGUAAGCUUACCUGUACGAUUAGCAUCUUUCUUUCUUUUCGUGUAGGCCUCUGAUGAGAAAAUUGCAAACGUAUUAAGUCGGAUGGUGUCCGAAAGUGAUGUGUCUGACGUUGCUAUGGUUGGUACUCGUUCAAGAGUCUUUCAUGAUGGUGAUGUGUCGCUCACCUCUGAGUCAUUGAGGUAUUUUUCCAAUAUUUAUAAUAAAUAACGAGAUAUUUUACAGAGAAAUGUUGACUUCACUGUGCUAGCCACAACAACACCACUGGCAGAAGGGGGAAACUAGGAGGUUUUGACAAGAACCAAAGCCAAAUUUUUGUGGGGAGCAGUAACUUUAAAUUCACGAUAUGUUGCCGAAUGGAUAUGCCAGAUUAACAAGUGACAUGAUCUAUACGUACUACUAACCUUACCCAUUUUUUGUCCCGUAUAGUGUACAGAACUAAACUAAAUUAAUUCUAUAUUGUUCCGUCAGUUCUAAACUGUUCUUGACCCGUUGUUACUGCAGGAGGAACUCAGAAUACCUGCGCACUCUCAGAGUGAUAGAGAUGGUCACAUAUCGAUCUGGUAGCACACUUCUCAAAUGCCAAAUUUUACAACCUCAUAUUGCAGGAAAAUAUCCCCGCUCAUGGAUGUGUAAGACAAAUGCACCUUCCAGAAUCUGGCAGAAUUUCACCCAAGUUAUUGUAACGUUUUUACAUCUUUAUUGUUUUAGUAUUGGUCAGAUACGCAGUGAUGUCGCUUUUCAAAUGAAUGUCCCCGCUAACGUGAAUUCUGAUGCAUCCGUUGCAAAUAAAAGAAAUGAUAAACAGAUGAAACAUCGAACAGCAGCUAAAAGAAAAAUCUAUGAUGAAAGCAGUAGUUGUGAGUCGUUAGAUAAACCUCGAGUUAAACCUAAAGAUGACGGCGGUUUGUUGAGAAGAAUUAUUAGAUCUGAAAUGAGAAAGUUUAUAAAGGUAUGCCUGCAUUUAUCUAUUUAUCUUAUUCCUCCCUUAAACUCUUUCUUCCACUUCCAUAUUUUGUUUCAUUUUCUAGACCCAACAGGCUGAAAUUAGGUCCCAGUCCUCAACAGGUGAGUUAAAAGAACAUUUUGAAAAUUGACAAAAAAAAUAGACGUUCAUGCAAACAUAAACAUGUACUAUGAAAACAGAAGCAUUUAUAAAAGUGCGAGAAGGUUAAUUAUAAAGAUUUCGAUGUAAAGAAAUCUUGAUAAAGCUAACUAAGCACUCGUACUUGUAAAUCAUAUUUGGUUGCAACUGAUUACAUUAAUGAUGUUACACGAAGCACGACACGCGAUUUAAGAUUCCUAUCCAGGGAUUUUAUUAUCCAUGGUUGGACUGUAUUCCUGUACUUAAUUGAAAUGUCUAUUUUAUUUUAUUUAGCAGUUCGUACAACCGACGAGAAUUUGAGCGAUGAAGUAUCCAAGGUAAGUGAUUUCAUUCAAAUACCACUUUUACAAAUGGCUGCGAAUUUAAAAUUAUUUUAUUUGCAUCAUUAAGAACUAGUCCAACUACCAUCAUCGUCAUCAAGUUUAAAUUUACGAAGAAUAGACAUUUUUUCGAAUUUCUGGCUUGCAAUAAACGCUACUCAUUUACAAUGGAUCAAGCAGAUUUGGGAAGCCUGAAUUAGUUAUCUUGAAUAUUCACCUCAUCCUUCACCAGCAGCCAUUUUUGAUUUAUGCGUCAUAAGUUUCUGUUUCCAAAUAAACGAUAUAUUGUAUUGACGCUGUUGAUUGUACUUUAAUUACUUUGUCUUUUAAUUAUAAACUAUAAAGUCGAAAGGUGGAAAGAGCCAAGUGAAAAGGAAAAGCAGUCAAGAGCCUCCCAUGUCGUAUAGAAAAAAUCGUAUCAAAACAAAUGAAGACUUUAUGGAUCGAUCAUCCGAACCAUUUAGAGUCUCUCAGACACCUUCAGCUCGUACAGGCAGGCAACCAAUGAAUGAUCAAGGCACUUGUUACCAACCAGCUACGAAUGAAGAUGAUACAUCAACCUCGUGUCCAAGAAGUGAUCACCAAGAAAGGGGACAUGUUGCAACAACUGCCACAAAGCAUCAUGAUAACGUGCAAAACCCUCCACAAGUGUUUCCACCGAUGAUCAGUCAACUUCAAUUUCCUACAGUUUCUGGAUGGCCAAUGUGGUACAACCCAACAUUUCCGUCAGCACCUCCACCAUGGCUGUGGCCAAACACUACUUCCAAACAGAACAGUGAUAAAGGAACACAAGUGGAAGAAGCUGAUCAUGUGAUUGAUACGAACGAAGUUAAGACAUCUUCACUGAUUAAGACCAAGGAAGCCAAGAUGCCUUCAGUAGCUGACCCGAUAGCCAACAAUGGAGAUGGCGUUCAUGAUGAAAUUAAAGAUAAAAUAGUUAGUGUGGCUAUACAAACAGAUAUUUGUGAGAAAAUAGAAACUUCAACGAAAGGAAAUCAGGCUCACCAGGAAUCAACUCAUGGAAAAGAAGACGUACCUUUCCUGCUGUCACUGAGCGACCAAAUGAAUGUCAGGUAUAUUGUGUACAAUUUUUCAGAGAACUUACUGUAAGGUUGAACGAAAUAAUUUUUCCGCAACCUAAACCACAAUUUCGAAUACAGGGCACUGUUUUAUAAAACGUAUUUGCAGUGUUCGGAACAUUGAGAACACCUUAUUGGGAACACCAUAUAUGUUGAUAGUGAUCAGCCUGAAAACGAUGGUAACAUCAAGCUAUGUUACGAGGAAAACUCGUCACUCUCUUGACGAAUGUCCUCUAUCAAUAUCUACAGUUUCACCCACGCCAGGACGCUUGUCGUCACCGCUGCCUACACGGGUAAAAAUUGAUCAUGUUGUUCGGCGUUGUUCAAAACAGGAGCGAACAAUGUUGUGCUGCACCCAGUGAACAAUAUUGUUAACAAGUUGUUCAACCAUCAAUACUGUUGCAACUUGUUAACAUGAUUGUCAACAAGUUGCAACAAUAUUGAUGGUUCAACAACUUGUUAACAAUAUUGUUCACGGGGUGCAGCACAACAUUGUUCGCUCCUGUUUUGAACAACUUGCAUCAACAUGAUGAUUUUUACGCGUGUACGCUAAACCAAUCCAGUUUAAAGAUAUAUAAAUAAUAUGUUGUAAUCAAGUUAUGUUUUUUCUUCUUAGGGAUGAAAACCAAGGAAGAGAAAAUAUGCCAGAAAAUGCAAAACCCAAACGUCUUGCUCACAGACAUGCAUCAAACACAAGCGAUGACCAAGAAGAGUUUUCUCAACACCAUGAUGUCUUUGCUAAAAACUUGUCUACGGAACAUAACGCAAGGGAUCCUGAAAUUAGUAGUGCUUCUACUUUUGACGACCCUUUCGCCAUUCCUCUUUUGAAAUUUCCAACUGAAGUCCAUAACCCCACUCUACAAUCGUUACCAUUCAAGAUUGCUUGGGCGGAACAUAUGUCACCAAAUGAACAGGUGGAGCUGCCAUUAUUACAACUUGGUGAUAAACAAUCUAAAGAAACGGAAUGUCCGUUUUUCCCGCUACCCUUGACUGGGCAUUCUGCACCUUUACUGCAUUUCUCCAAUCAAAACAACGAAGACGGAAAUUUAAGUGAUUUUCAUUUUGUGCAAGUCCCUGAAAAUGAAGAUUUCCAUUUUCCAUUACUCUACCUUCCUAAGACAGGAAUAGAACCACCGGAAUUCUACUCAGAUUUUCAAAGUAGGUAUGGUGGAGAUACAAAGAAAGAAAAGCCUGGAAGAAAACGAGAACAACUUGGAAUUUCUGGGAAUAAAAAUUUUGAUGGUGAAGUUGGUGUCACAUCAACAGCAAGGUAUGUUAAAAAGAAUCCAGUGUAGGUAGUAGUGAAAAAAAUUAAACACACUUUGACAUUUUGAGUGAAGGCGCCAGAAUGUUCGUAGCAUGCUAUGUUUUUCUCCAAUGCAUGUAAUGUUUCCAUGUGGCGGAAAUGACGAUCCUAUAUCUGUUUCGAAGACUUAUGUAAUAAUCAGUUUGUUUCUAUGGAUUUUUUAUCUUAAUAUGCGAUUGACUUUUAAGAAUGAAGAGACGAAACGAGCUAGCGGGUAAUUUGGUCACAAGAGAAACAACCAUGAAACCGAACCAACACAGGCAACCUAUAUCAAAACAAACAUCCAGUGACAAUCCUUCCUCUGAACGGGAAGAACUCCAUGGUACGCAUAUAACUGUCCAGCCUAAGGACAGAAGCAAGAAGACCAAUGGUAAAAACAAGAAAACAAAACCAAGACGUGAUAAGUUAAAAGAACUCAAUAGUAUUAUACGUGAUCUUCAACGUGACAUCACCAACGAUGAUGAUCUGGUCAUAUCUGAGGUAUAGCAACAUUGAAUGGUCUGUGUAGGUAGUGCCAACAACUACCUGAACAAUACGAAGAGAACUUCCAUGUUUCAACUUGUAUCCAAGUUGAAAUGUAUCCCUAUCAAUCCCCAACUUUCUUAUAACAACAAUGUCACAUUUAUAACAAUAAUAUUACAUUUCUUAGAAAUAUCAAGGGGUGCCUCUGUCACACACAAUUCGAGGUUACUUUAUUCGGGCUGAAACGUUUUAUAUUUACAACCAUACCAUAAUGUAAAAUCUAUUGUUAUUACAAUUUAUUAGGUAUCUUCUUUAUUGAGUCCUGAAAUACGAUAUGAAAAUUUUGAGAAAAAACCUGAGGUUAAGAAGCAGAGCAAACAUGAAAGCCAAAGGACAAGGAAACUGCCGAAAGCUUCAUUGAAUGUCAGUAAAUUGAAUGUCAGUAAAGAAAGGGAGAGACGCAGUGAUCAAUAUGAUGACAUUGAGGACAAGCCAGUACCUCGUCUUUAUAAACCUACUACAAUCUCAGCCCGCGAUAUUCACACUGAAAUACCAUCUGAUAUUCCCGAACAAUCCAUACCUGUUGAUGCGAAAGUUGGUACAGACAAUGUCCUUCGCUUUCCAGUUUCUGUCCAAACUGACACAGUUCUACCAGAAGUCAAUGAGCAACCUCCCAGCUCCCAACCCAGAGAACCUAGUGUUCAAACUAGAAGGUUCGGUGUACAGACUAAGGAGUUUAGUAUUCAAACAGAAACAGAACCAGAAAUCAGGAACGUACCUGCCAGAUCUGUCAUGCGUGAUGUCGCUAUAAACACAGAAAACAUUGUUGAGGAACGAGAAUAUGAAAGCAAAUCUGUGAGUAUAUUUUAAAAGUUAUUCUUGUACUUAUUCUGAGUACGAGAUAUUUCAUCGGAUUGUGUAUGUUUAAGAAGAAAAAAUCUUAAUGGCAUUAGUGAUAUCUUUCGUACAGGAAGUUACUAUUAAAAGAAAAUGAAACUUUAAUAUAACCAUCUCAUAUUCGGACUACAAAGCAAAUGUCUAUACUAAGACUUUAUUUCUCAAUGAUUGAUUGAAACGAUUAAGAGUUAUCCUGGUCUUGUAAUUCCAAUCGUGUGGAUGACCCAUUCUGUACUUUAAAUUAGGUAACAAGCAGUCUCCUGCCUAGUAUGGAUGCAUCCAGGCUCGUUUGAUGGAGGGGUUACAGACCUCCAGGAGGUCAAACCUUGGAGGGUGGAGGAUCGUAAAUUACGUAAAACGUUUAGGAACAAUUAAUGAAAAUUGUGGUGUAAACAUUUCAUUGCGGUUCCGUACCUCAGAAACUCUGCCCUUGGUUGUUUACCAUUUACAUGGAAAACCCAUCUGGUUUGAAAUUGUGCUAAUGGUAAAGCAAAAUUUCGGAUAGAAAAUCCCAUUCGGAUUAUGCGCUUUCCAUUUAGAGUGACUGACCGGAAGGCACUGAAGGGUUGUUUACCAUCUACAUGGAAAACCUAUUCGGUUUGAAUUAAAUCGCGAAGAGCCUGGAACUGGUGAAAAAAAUAAAAAAGAUGUAAAUGGAACAAAAUUCACCGGUUGAAACGUUCCAAUCGGUAAGAGAGGACAACCAUUUCAAACAAACCGUUCAUUCCGGAAAAGUCCCGGUUGGGCCGUCGAAAUAUGCUUGUCACUUACAUUCCGUAUGGAAUCACCGGAAUUUCUAUGUAAAUGGUAAACAACCUAUGAGUCCAGAUGGUAUAUCGAACUGGAUAGUAUUUGUAAUAUUGAGCCGUUAGUUAGACAUGAACUACUUUUCUCUUUCAGGCAAUAAGUCUUUACCCUCGUGUUCCAGCGGAUGUUUACUUGGACAUUCAGGAUAUCGACCAAAAACCUACGGAAACAACUUCAAGCAGCAGAGAUCCUCCCAUGCAAGAACAAAGAAACGGAGCGAGGUUUCUCAGUGUGGUUGAUAUUGCCGAGGAUGAUGUGAGGAGACAAAUACGAGAUAGAUAUAAACCAGUUAAAGAGAAUAAAGAUGAAGAUUAUCGUAGAAAUGAGGACAUUCCUUUUGAUAAAGGUUUGAAGAUUUGAUUAAUAUUGCCAACACAUUUUAUCUCGAAGGUCUGUGGCGACGAUGACAAAAAAAACAAGCAGAACUUCGACGUUUUGAGCAAACGUCCCUUCGCUCGAAACUUUCCUAACUACCUGACGAAGGACCUUCGCUCGAAACGUCGAAGUUCUGCUUGUAUUUUUCAGGUACUAAUUGUAUCUCUCUCAAUCGCCAACACAUAUUUAUGCCUGUUGCUACCCGUCUAUGAAUAUCUGCAAGCAUUAGAAAGUAGUAAAGUAACCAAGUAUUUAAAUUUUCUAUGAGAAUGAAUUCGUUGGCAAGAGGCAUAAAGACACGCGAGCUGGACUGGUCUAUUAACGUGAAGUGAAAACUUUAGGUGAAGCUAGGAUUCAAGCCAGCGUAAGGUUGUUAGCAAAUUAUAAGAAAGAACUCCUAUCGUGAGUUUACCCAAAUGUUGUUUAAAGGCUGCGUUGUUGGAGUUACAUGUUUCUAUAGUGUGUGUAUAUCUUGUUGCAGAUCCAGAUAUUAUGGAGAGUGGUAGCCGAGCAAUGUCCUCAACAGCUGAGGAAAACUUGCCAGAUGAUGUUGAAAAUGGCGAUCAUACCACAGUCGCUGUCUUUCAACGCCCAAGGUAGGUAGUUCUGACAUAAUCUGUGAUGUUUUAAUGGCCGGUCGUGCGUUCAGGCAUUGUAAAUGCGUCGUUGCUCUGAAUGUAGCAAUGCUUAACCUUUUAAAUAAAAUAAAACGUGAUGUUUGUAGAGGCUGCUACCUCCUCCGCAGGUGGUAAUGAAUUUCAUAAUUUCGUAAGACAGCGUAUGCCCGUUGAGGCUGCAUAACUUCGUUAGAUUUUUCCUAUAGAUAUCAUAAAUAGACACUAAAACAGUUGCAAGACAAACAAAUAAACAACCAAACACGAUAAACAUCAAACCAACACCAGCAAACAAAGACGCGCCUUACGCUAUAACCCUUUUCUGUGUCUCAAUAUGAAAAGCAUGCAUCUUGAUUUUGUCACAAGUAAGAUAAAAGACAUACUACUCUUCUCUAACUUUUUUAUUUUUGCGUGUACCAGUUUGAAUCAACCUCGUGGUAACUCUCUACAACAAGCACAGAAAAUGUCAAAAGAAAAGCUUUCUCAACGACUACAUGAAAUGAAUGAACAGUUUGAUGCAAUUGAGCAGUUGACCAGCAAUAUGGAACAAGAUUUGCAACGAUCAAACAGAGUACGUAUUCAAAUCUCUACAUAGACUUAUCUACAGAUAAUAUACAUGUAGUAUGUAUCUUUGCCAGCAGAAUCUCCGAUAUUUCCAGAUAAACUUGUUCAAGACUCACCGUUAACAAUCUAACAUUCGCUCUUUUUACAGUUGCUACGUACCAUUGAGAACUUAAAUAAAGUUACUGAUCACAAAUCAGAAAUUGACAAACGGAAGAAAUCUGUUAGUCCAAAAGGAGAGGACGUCUUUAAAGAGCAAACACACAACGUGGCUGUCGCAGGAAGAGCAACGCAACUUCCUAAUACUGUGGACCUACAGCACGGUGAUCUGAAUGAAGAAAUGUCAGCGAGAAGAGAAACUGAUUAUAAUGCAUUGCAAGAAGACAAGUUAUCUGUUCUUAAACGUCGUCCGUGGAUCAAUAAACCUAUAGAAGAACUAACAGACCUUGUGUCAGAUGAUCGCACAGGUGAAUAUAUGCAUAUUGCUGUAAGCACUUACUCCCAUAUAAUAUGCUGCACAAAUAUUGGGGAUGCUAUUUACAUGGAGGCCAACAUAUUAGGGCCUUUUCAUUAUUACUUCAAAUUUCAGUCCCCAAAAAGUUACCCAACUUUAUGCUAACUACCAUUUAGUUCUAAAUAUUCUGCCUAUCAGGUGAAUAAACAGGCAAUAAUUGUUGAAAACAAUCUUUCCAGCUAUAUAUUUGCGGAGGGAGGUGGGGGAGUAAAUACAAAUCAGAAAUGACUGUCAUUGAUGCUCACUUGUUGCAAGAAAUGGUUGUCCAAAACGUGCAGUUUGUUCUAUAGUUUAUUGUAUACCUUGUGCAGGGUCAUGGAUGAACAAUCGUUUGUUUUCUGUUGUGAUUGACGUGCUGAUGUUUUCUGCAUUUAAUCUAUACAAAAAAAUUAAUUUUUACAGCUGUGUUUUAGACGGUUUCCUUUCCAUCAACACGUUAUGUUAUUUCUAUGAACUGCAAUCCUGGCAAAAACUCUGUGCGUAGUUGACUGCGCAAUAUGUUGGACGUUUGCUGGCAAUUGUUUGUUUCAAAUGGUAAAAAAAAUUUAACUAUGUUUAGAAGAAAGAAGCCUUGAUUCUCUUGAAAACAGUCGAGAGAAAAAUGGUGGAAAUAUGUCAGGCCCUUCCGCCCAGAACAAAUCAGACGACGUUGCAAGUUUGGGAAGUGACAUUGCAAACACCGAGGACAUCAGGGAUACAGAAGGAUACAGAGAUACAAUGGAGGGUACUCAAAGCCGGAAGUGUAGUAUAUCGAAUGGUAAUAUCAAGUCACAUGUUGACCCUGAGAAGUUGGUGAAUCCUGAAACAGCAAGAUCUGAUAGAAGGUAAUUUCACUAUAAAGAAAGUCAUACUCACCAUUCAUGUAGGUGACCACUUGGGUGCAGAACCUAGAUAGGUGAAUGGUACAGCAUAGAUUUUACAUUUAUUUUAAGUUUAUAAGAGAAUAGUAAUUAGCAAACCUUUCAAUAAUCUCACUUUACCAUAAUCUGUGUGAAUAAUAUUUAAACUUUAGUGUUCUUUUAAGAACAAUCUACACCGUCAAUUUUUUGCUGUAGUUUUUAACAACCUUUCCACAUGAGACAUUUCCUACGACUGCCUGUUGGUUGAUAAUUAAAAUUACCAACCAACAGGCAGUCGUAGAAAAUGUCUCAUGUGGAAAGGUUGUUAAAAACUACAGCAAAAAAUUGACGGUGUAAAUUUGAAUUGUUCUAUCUAGACUGAAGUUAUCACUAACGCCUGAAGAUAUAUUAAAUGUCUCGAGGGGAAAUUUAAAGGAAUUAUUGGCGGGAACAACGACACCAAGUGUUUCAAACACCAGGUUUGCCAAUCUUAUCUUGCUGUUUCUUCACUGGUAGCGAGUUAUGUACUGUUUAAUAAACGAGCAGGAGUGUUUUAUUAUGUUUAAAGCCACGAGCGCGCAGCGCGAGUUGCUUUAGACCUAAUAAAACACGACCUGCGAGUUCAUUGAACGGCUUCAAACACGACUACAAAUUCAAGAGAUAUACUGCGUUAUUAGUAUUCUUUAUAUAAAGAAUACUAAUGAGGACACGACUACAAUAGAUACUGCCUUAUUAGUAUUCUUUAUAUAAAGAAUACUAAUUAGGAGUGUUUUGUCAGGUUUAAAGCCACUGCACGUGACAUAUUAUGGUUGACAUGAUUUGCCAAUAACCUUAUGAAUUAUUAAUGAGUGUUUGAAGAAUAGAGAAAGCUGCUUGAUGUCUUAAAAACCAAAGACGAUUCUUUGAGCAUGACAGGCAGUUCUUCCAUCUACCCCUAGGGUGCAAAUUAAGACUUUUGUUCUAAUAUUCCUUUAUUAUAAAAUGCUGUUGAGAAUUGAUUAAUACUGACUGAAAAGUUGACAUACCAAUUUUUCCUUGAAAUUGUAGGCGGCUAAUUUUUUUGCCUAACAAAUCUGCUUUUUCGCAUUGCGAUUUGUCAUUUGUAGGCUGUUAAUUCGCACCCUGCUCCCCACAGGCUGUAAAUAGAAUAAUAUAUUUUUAACAAUCCGGUAUCCGUGAUGUUAUUGGCUGGCAAACAUUCUGAUUUGACUGACUGGUAAGAGAUCCUUGUAAGCACCGCUAACCAGUCAAUCACAUGUAUUGUCUUCUACGGAUAGUACUACUAUCAUAGUAGUUGCUGGUAAAGCAGAACAGGUAUUGCAAUGUAGCUUAUUGAUCUGAAAAAGGAUUGGUUAUACAGGGUGUCCCGGGAAAAUGCAAUAGAUACCGUUCCAGAUUUUUACACAGCCGAUUAUUUAGUAAGCAUCGAAAAUUUAAUGUAAGAGAUGAAUUUUGAAAAUUAAUAAAACGGAACUAGUAGAAGCAAUGUUAUGACUCUGUGUUUGAAUAAUUAGACCAUAUAGGCUUAGUACAAAAAUUAUUUUAAUAACUACGUUUCGGAGUAUAACUCCAUCUUCAGGUUAAAAUAACUAAAGAUAUAAAACUUUAAAAACAAUAUUGUUUUUAAAGUUUUAUAUCUUUAGUCACUUUUAAACUGAAGAUGGAGUUAUACUCCGAAACGUAGUUAUUAAAAUAAUCUUUUUGUACUAAGCCUAUAUGGUCUAAUUGUUCAAACACAGAAUUACUAAAAUGCGGCUUAGAGAAAGUUCUGCGUCAUACAAGAUUUGAAUGUUAUGACUGUUUUCAAAUAAAGUCUGGUUACCCAAAUGGACCACAUUGGAAUCAUGCAUCUAUUGGGUAAAGUAUCAAUAGGUUUCAUGACCUCUUACUUUAAGUGCGCCAUAACAUUGGCCCAACAGGCCCGUUUACACUUGCAAUUUCUCCUGCGAUUUCUAGUGCGAUUUUCUCCUUCUGAUGGAUGUGAAUGAGUAGAUGAGUUAUGAAUGUUCCGAGUACAUGUCCCCUCAUCUCAACAUUCAUAUCCACUCGUUCACAUCCAUCAGAAGAAGAAUAUCGCACCUUAAAAUGGUUUUUCGCAGCAAAAAUUGCAAAUGUAAACGAACCUUAAUAGACCAAUUUUAAUAAUCCUAGUAUCGAUUGAUACACCGGGUGGAAAGCGUAAUUUAAAAAUGAAAAUUAAAGCCCAGCAAAUGACUUUCAGACAAGACAUAACAAAAUAUAAAAUUUAUUGGCUAACGUUUCGUUGUAUUGUUCACAACAUUAUUUACAAGCGUGUAUAUUAUAUAUAUACAAAUAGUUUCAAACGGUUACAUACAGUAUUCAAAUAAGCGAAUAAGAGGAAGGAUGAAAAACAACCUGUCAUUAAAAGCAAUAGUAUUAGUAAAUUAACCAUUAUUUCUUUAAUUUACUAAUACUAUUGCUUUUAAUGACAGGUUGUUUUUCAUCCUUCCUCUUAUUCGCUUAUUUGAAUACUGUAACCGUUUGAAACUAUUUGUAUAUAUAUAAUAUACACGCUUGUAAAUAAGUUUAAUUGCUCUGAAGAUGUUGUGAACAAUACAACGAAACGUUAGCCAAUAAAUUUUAUAUUUUGUUAUGUCUUGUCUGAAAGUCAUUUGCUGGGCUUUAAUUUUCAUUUUUAAAUCCUAGUAUCAUUUUAAUAAUCCUAGUAUCAUUUUAAUAAUCCUAGUGGCUAGUGUAGAAUUCAUCUCUUAGAUUAAAUGUUCACUAGUACCUGUAGCUAGCUGUGAAAAAUCUGCUAGAUAGCUAUUAGAUUUUUUUCGGGACACUCUGUAAUUGUGGUUUUCCUUUCAGAAGUCGCGAUAUAACUCCGCAGAAACAACAAGAGUUGCGAGAGUGGAUGACCAAGAAGAGAAAACUGCGCCAUAAAGAAUGGACUCAGAAACAGAAUGAAAAACGAGAAACGGAAUUUAAACCUUUUCAAAAUAAAAAACAGGCAGAACAGGUAAGGUGAUUUUGAUUUUUUGGGCAAUCUGUCUGAUCGAAGUGUUAAAAAUUCUGUAUGAGAUUUUUACCCUGGUUUUUACUCACUGAGCUGCGCUGAAGUUUCAAAGUGAAGAAUGAAAUCGUUUGGUGUAAAAGAAGAGUAGAAUAUUGUCGAGGUUUAACAAAAUGUUUUCAUCCUAUCAAACUGUUUAAUUUCCUUUUGCUCCUAGAUAUUUCUAAAUUAGUUUUUAAUACUUAGAUAUAAAUUCAAUUUCAGACCGCAAUGUCGUCGAAGAAACUUAAAAAGUCUGAGAAAGAACGGGAAGAUAAUCGAAGGUAUUUAUCUCUCUGGCACAAAAUACAUGACCCGCCUUUUUCAUGACAUUGUUUGGCAUUUCAUUGCUUUGACACUCCUCUUAAGUGAUCUUUAGUAUUCAUGGAGUUUGUUUCAAGCCGCAUAACAUCAUUGUAAGUACACGAACGGUGGAAAGUCAAUUUUUGUCCUUAGCUAACUGGAAACUAUUACCAUGCAAUAUCAUCACCACUCCGUUUGUCUCCUCAGGAGGGGGGUCGACAACUUUCUUCUCUCUUCUGGCGUGUAUUUUGUCCAUAUCCACUUUAUCGUCAUCCCAAACACAAUCCAUCCAACCUCUAUAAACUGUGAUCCAACGUUUUCUCGCUCAUCUUCUCUGGUUACAUAUCAUAUUUCCUGGACAACAGGGUUAGGGUUGUGACUGCGGUCAAUACGAUCAAAGAGAAAGUUCUCUUCUCACUGCUAUUUCCAUUUUCCUAGAACUCAAAAGAAAGAGCAUGUCGAUGAAAGGUUGCUGUCUGCCUAUGAUCUCAUCAACGAAAUGGUAACAGAGCAUGCGCCAAAUGGACCUGCAUUAAUUACUCAAAAUUCCGUAAGAAAUUCCCAGCGUAAAGCUUCUAAGAAGACAGCCCGCGUAAAGGCAAACAAUCGCUAUAAGGAAAACAGAGUUAUGAACAGUAAGAGAAAGAAACCAAGUGGAAAAACAGUUUCAAAAGCACCGACUGAACUUUAUAGCACUCGAACAAUCCCUGGACAGACUGGUUUAACAGGUUUAAGUAAUCUGGUGGGAUCUGGACGUGAAAGGAACAGUGACGCUCCUGUAUACGACUAUGAUAUUGAAGAAUCUGCAAGACAAUUUAUCACACGGAAAAGUUUUGAGAAUUAUCAACAAAAGAUGUCAGCAAGUUUAGAUUUUGGACGGAGUGUAUCAUUAAGAAGUCCAUUCCAAUAUUCCGUAGACCCGCGUGUUGAUGAAUUGCUUGAAGACGUAUCCCUGGGUGAUCCGCUUGAUUUACAGCGGUUCGAUCAUCUAGACAGUCUGCUCAGUGGGGAUAGCGAGCUACGUGAUUUGUUGGGUGAUGUCAUUUCAGAUAAACCAAGCCGUGAUUUACUAGAAACUAGAGAUGAUGUUAUGUCAAGGAAUUCUAGAAUUCCAAGAAAUGUGGAAAGCAGAUGGAGGGGUCCAAGCCCGGUGGAGAGCGAAGGGAAAAUGUUGGAUACCUUCAGAAGGGAUAGAAAAGAAAACAACAGCGUGAAAGAUUACCAUGAAAGAUAUCCUGAAGACAUUUUAUCAGGUAUAUGCAUGACAUUGAUUUUCCUCUAAAUAAGAUUUUAGAAGUCAAUCUCUCCUAAGUUUAUUUGCAGCGAUGAAAAAGUUCGUUGUCAAUGAUUAACAAAAGUCUAUUAGAAACCUUACGAUUUAGGACCGCAACGCGACGGCAACGGCUACCAAUACAAUAAAUCAUUGAAAAGAAUGGAAUAAUUACAAUAUAGAAUAAUUUAGCCAUUGUCCUCGCUCUGUUUACAACGCCAAGUCACAGAUUUUCACGUCUUGAUACAACGGCUGCAUUUCAAGCUGCAACAAGUGCAACUUCAAACUGGGUUCAGCAGAACUCUUCCCAAACAUAAAACCCAUGUCUUCAACUUCUAAGACUCAAUUAAAUCCAUACGAUUGAUAAUAUACGACAGAUUAUCUUUACCACCAUUUAUUUGAAGGAGUUUGUUUUAGCCGUCGUCGUCGCGUUGCCGUCUCUAAUAAGGUCUUGUGGACAGACAAAUAACCAUCUAGUAAAUAUUAAACAUAGAAAAAAUAGAUAUUGAAUUCGAACUUCAUCACGAAUCAUGUCUCCACUCUUUCUCAUGCAUGCGUAAUCGUUUGUGGAGCAAAGUUUUUACUGAGAAGAGAUAGGAGUAAUAUUUCUAAAAAAAAACCGGACGCCAUUUCGCUUAUUAUAUAUAGUCUAUUAUUAUGUAUAGGCAUAUCUCCUCUUUCCUUAUUAAACAACUAAUUUUUUUUCUUCGUAAAGCAAAUGAAGAUGGUAACCUGGCAAUGUCUGAUGAAGUCGCUGCACUUUUGGUAAGCAACGUCUUGUUCAAAUCCACAAUUGAAUUUACAACUCGUGCAGGCUUAUGGCUUUAUAUAACACUCCUUUAAGCCGGUUUGUCACUAGCGAAUUUUCUCGCGCGAAGCGACCUUUUUCCUUUGUCGGUAUCACUUAUUACGUCAGCAAGACGUGGCAAAAUGGAUGCCGACAAAGGUCGCUUCGCGCGAAAAAAUUCGCUAGUGGAAAACCGGCUUAAGAAUGCCUUGUCACAGCAUCUGCUUGCAGGAUACUUUCCUCUUGGAUCCCCCACCCUAAAAAGGCAUACGGUUGUUCCCUGAGAAAUUUCACAUAUACAAGCAAUUUUAUGCCAAAGAAGAUCGACGUUUUGAUAUUUUCUUUUACUUUUCUUCAAAGGCGGAAGCGAAGGCAGCAGUUGGUGAUGAUUUCUCUGGGACAAGUGAAGUUGGAGAUAUUGAUUGGAAUGAAGUCGAUGAGGUUUUACAACACAAUUGAUGUGCAAUAAAGCGUUGGUUUAGAGGCCAUUAAAUAUCAAAUGAAGAUUAGCAUACAUACGCAAAAUAUUGGCGUCAGAGGCCAUUGUAUAUUAACUUUUAGUGACGUUGCAAAUCUUGACUACAGUAAAGUAGCUAUGAAGCCUCGUUUUCGUGAUUGACACGUUAUGCUUUAACUAAUGUCAGGUACACGAAAACGAGGUUCUAUAGCCAAAGUGACGUACUUCCCGGAAGGGUGUAUCUAAAUAUAGUACACAAAGGAAGCGCACACUUUCAACCUUUCCUUAAUAUUUUUCAGCCUUUACAUGAAAGUUUGUACAGUAAAUACGAAAUUCUAUUUAUUAUAAUAUAUUUAUUAAAUAAUUUGUUUCUACAGCCUCUUUUUUAAAUCUUGUUAUCGCCGUUGAAGCCGACACCAUCUACGAUGCCUUGAUUCCAUUUCGUCGCGUCUGUGGUGACCAAGUCAUAAUAGAUCUUUCUUGUUUUUCAUGCGCUGUAUGCAAAUUCUCGACCACCUUGAGUCCUCGAUGUACACAUGUAAAAAUCUCACAACUUGUCAACAAGAUGUGUUCGUAAUAAGCUUGUCAACAAGUUGUAACAACGCUGUUAUUUUCUCUUAUUUUCUGUUAUGUUAUAGUCACUCACAACUUGUUAACAAAUUGUUGAAUUGCAGGACGAUAAAAGUUGUUGAAACAACUUGUAACAAGUCUGUUGAGCUCAACAACCUUGUAGCAAGUUGUCAACAACCUUUGUCAACAAGUUGGGAACAAACAGUUCGAACACAUCCUGUUGACAAGUUGUUGGAACAGCAUUGCUACAAGUCUGUGCGUUCUUACGGGUGUAGUCAUGACCAUCCCAACCAAAUGGAAAACAGAUUUUCACAAGGUAUUUUUGUAUUAAUUCACGAGGAAGGCACAUCAGAACUGGGAUAAUCAUUGCUUGCUUUUUCGUCUUCACCCGAAGCUAACUUUCAUCGCAGCAGGUUACAUAACCACUUAUCACUGGUCUGUCCUACACAGUGUGUGGAGAACGGACAUUUUGUGAAUAUUCCCUCUUCUCGUGUUUGUUUCCUGUACACAUUUUGUACAUAACUGUACGAAGCAUAUCAUCACAGGACAAUUCAAAAACACCACAAUACAUCCAGCAAUCUUCCCCAGUCAUGCUAAGAUUUAUCAUAUCGUGGCACUCUUGAAAUAUGUUACCAAACAAAGGUUCUGAUUUAGCAAAUCUUGCACAUUGUCCCAGCAUUUCUCGUGUUGUUUUUCAAGUCUUUUGGCACAUUCAACUAAACUUGGCUCUGAUGAAAUGACAUCUCCAUGAAGCUGCA